AUGACAUCAGCCGGGCACGCCUGGGAUGCCGCCGCUGCCGGCCAGACUCGGCGCAGGAGGAGGGUCCCGCCGGCUGGGAGUCAGUUAGCCCCGCGCAGCGAGGGGGGAGCCGCCAGCUUGCUGGGGACACCGGUUUCGGCCGCUGGCCGCCGCGGUCCUCCUACCCACGGGCGCUCCCGGAGAGUUGGAUGCAUUGGUCUCCUCUUUUCUUUCUCCACAUCUGUAACAGAAAUACGAAUGUACCUCAUGCAAAAGUUCAGGACUGUUCUAAAAUUACGACUUCAGCAGAGGAGGACCCAGGAACAGCUGGCUAACCAAGGCAUAACACCACCACUGAAAAACCCAACCGAAUUCCAUGAGCAAAGAAAACAUUUGGAUAGUGACAAGACUGAAGACUCCCUGAAGCACAAGGUCAGAAACAGGCCCGAUUGCGCCGCUGACGUGGUUAAUAUGCACAUACUCCAAGCCUCCACUGCAGAGAGGUCCAUCCCAACUGCUCAGAUGAAGCUGAAAAGAGCCCGACUCGCAGAUGAUCUCAAUGAAAAGAUCGCCCUCCGGCCAGGACCACUGGAGCUGGUGGAGAAGAAUAUACUCCCCGUGGAUUCCGCUGUGAAGGAGGCCAUAAAAGGUAACCAGGUGAGUUUUUCCAAAUCGGCAGAUGCAUUUGCCUUCGAAGAGGACAGCAGCGGUGAUGGGCUUUCUCCGGACCAGGCUCGAAGCGAAGACCCCCAGGGCUCAGCGGGAUCCCCUGCAGACACUAAAGCUUCAGAGACCCCUUUGGCGGGUCCUCUGGGGCCAGUCCAGGAUCAUUCUUCUGGCUCCGAAAAUGACAGGAAAGACUCAGCCUCCCAGCCCAGCAACCAGUCAGACACGGGGACACAGGGGCUCGGCCCUCUUGGUAACCCCAUCGCUGUGCACGCUGCCGUGAAGUCCAAGUCCUUGAGCGACAGUAAGAACCGCCACAAAAAGCCCAAGGACCCCAAGCCCAAGGUGAAGAAGCUCAAAUAUCACCAGUACAUCCCCCCCGACCAGAAGGCAGAGAAGUCCCCUCCGCCCAUGGACUCGGCCUAUGCCCGGCUACUCCAGCAGCAGCAGCUCUUUCUGCAGCUCCAGAUCCUGAGCCAGCAGCAGCAACAACAGCACCGGCUCGGCUACCCCGGGCUUCACCAAGCUCAGCUCAAGGAGCCAAAUGAACAGAUGGUCAGAAAUCCAAACUCUAGUUCAACACCACUGAGCAGUACCCCUUUGUCUCCUGUCAAAAACAGCUUUUCUGGACAAACUGGUGUCUCUUCUCUCAAACCAGGCCCACUGCCAUCAAACCUAGAUGAUCUGAAGGUCUCGGAAUUAAGACAGCAGCUUCGAAUCCGGGGUCUGCCGGUGUCAGGCACCAAGACGGCCCUCAUGGACCGUCUGCGGCCCUUCCAGGACUGUUCGGGGACCCCCCUGGCCAACUUCGGGGACAUCACGACGGUCACUUUCCCCGUGACGCCCAGCAGCGCGCUGCCCGGCUACCAGUCCUCCCCGUCCACCGGCGCCUUAUCCAACGGCUUCUACCACUUCGGCAGCACCAGCUCCAGCCCCCCGAUCUCGCCCGCCUCCUCCGACCUGUCGGCGGCGGGGUCCCUGCCCGACCCCUUCAACGACGCGUCCCCGUCCCUCUGCUUGCACCCGUCCCCGCUCCCCGCGUGCGCCGACGAGAGCCUCCUAAGCAGCCUGAACGGGGGCUCCCUUGGCCCCGAGCUGGACGGGCUGGACUCCGAGAAGGACAAGAUGCUGGUGGAGAAGCAGAAGGUGAUCAACGAGCUCACCUGGAAGCUCCAGCAGGAGCAGCGCCAUGUGGAGGAGCUGAGGCUGCAGCUGCAGAAGCAGAAGAGGAGCACCUGCCCCGAGAAGCCGCCGCCCUUCUUGGCCGUUCCCGUCAAGCAGGAGGACGCCGCGUCCAGUUGUCCCUUCACGCCCCAGCAGAGACCUGGGAAGAGACAGGGCCUCAGCUCAGAGGGCCGAACGCAGGCCUGCGAAGCGGCGGGGCGCCGGCCCCCGGGGUCCGCUCCGUGCGCCGAGCCGGCCUCGGGCCCCAGCGACGCGCUGCCGUCCACGUUCCUCAGCCCCCAGUGCUCCCCUCAGCACUCGCCGCUGGGCGCUGUCAAAAGCCCGCAGCACAUCAGUUUGCCCCCAUCCCCCAACAACCAUUACUUCCUCCCCUCCUCUUCGGGCGCCCAAGGGGAAGGGCACAGGAUCUCCUCACCUGCCAGCAACCAGGUAUGCGCUGCGCAAAACUCAGGGCAUGAGAGCCAUCCUGCAAGCUUCUCUCCCCAGUCCUCCAGCCUCCACCCCCCUUUCUCUGGAGCCCAGGCAGACAGCAGUCAUGGUGCUGGGGGCACCCCUCGUCCCAAAAGCCCAGGGGUCCAGCAAAAGAUGGCUGGUUUACACUCUUCUUCUGAGAAGACAGGGCCAAAGUUUUCCAUUCCAUCCCCAACUUUUUCCAAGUCAACUUCAGCAGUUCCAGAGAUAACCCAGCCUCCGUCCUAUGAAGAUGCCGUAAAGCAGCAAAUGACUCGGAGUCAACAGAUGGAUGAGCUCCUAGAUGUCCUCAUUGAAAGUGGAGAAAUGCCAGCUAACGCUAGAGAGGAUCAUUCGUGUCUUCAAAAGGUCCCCAAGAUACCCGGGUCUUCCCGAAGCCCCCCAGCUGCCCUGCCCAAACCCUCGUCUUCGGGCGGCCAGCUCUCCUUUGACCACUACGGCACCGAGAGUGAUGAGCACCUUGAAGUCUUAUUAAAUUCCCAGAGCCCCUUAGGGAAGGUGAGCGAUAUCACCCUGCUAAAAAUCGGGAGCGAAGAGCCUCCUUUCGAUGGGAUAAUGGAUGGAUUCUCUGGGAAGGCAGCAGAAGACCUGUUCAGCGCCCACGAGAUCUUGGCAGGCCCCCUCUCCCCGAUGCAGACUCAGUUCUCCCCCUCCUCUGUGGACAGCAGUGGGCUGCCGCUAAGCUUCACUGAAUCUCCUUGGGAAACCAUGGAGUGGCUGGACCUCACUCCGCCAAGCUCCACACCAAGCUUUAGCUCCCUCGGCACCGGUGGCCCCAGCAUCUUUAACAUUGAUUUCCUGGAUGUCACGGAUCUCAAUCUGAAUUCCCCCAUGGACCUUCACUUACAGCAGUGGUAG